AUGUCCGAAAACGAUAAGUACGCAACACCAUUGUCCUCCAGAUAUGCCUCUGUCGAGAUGUCCCAGAUUUUCUCCUUGAGAAACAGAUUCUCCACCUGGAGAAAGCUCUGGUUGAACCUCGCCAUUGCUGAGAGACAGGUCGGCUUGAAGGAUGUCAUUACCGACGAAGCCCUUGAGCAGAUGAAAGCGCACUUGGAAAUCACCGAUGCCGAAAUCGCCGCCGCGUCUGUUGAAGAGGCCAAGGUGAGACACGACGUCAUGGCACACGUGCACGUGUUUGGUGAAACCUGUCCAGCGGCUGCCGGGAUCAUCCACUUGGGUGCCACCUCGUGCUAUGUCACUGACAACGCGGACUUGAUUUUCUUGAGAGACGCGUACGAUGUCUUGAUCCCUAAGUUGGUCAAUGUCAUUAACAGAUUGAGCGAAUUUGCCAUCGAGUACAAGGACUUGCCGGUCUUGGGUUGGACUCACUUCCAACCAGCCCAGUUGACUACUGUCGGUAAGAGAGCCACCUUGUGGAUCCAGGAGUUAUUGUGGGAUUUGAGAAACAUGCUGAGAGCCAGAAACGAUCUCGGCUUGAGGGGUGUCAAGGGAACCACCGGGACCCAAGCCUCCUUCUUGUCUUUGUUCCACGGUGACCACGACAUGGUUGAAGCCUUGGAUGCCAAGGUCGUCGAGUUGAUGGGCUUCGAGCACGUCUACCCGGUCACUGGCCAGACCUAUUCCAGAAAGAUCGACGUCGACGUGUUGGCCCCAUUGGCCUCCUUGGGGGCCACCGCCCACAAGUUUGCUACCGACGUCAGAUUGUUGGCCAACUUGAAGGAGAUGGAAGAGCCGUUCGAGAAGUCACAAAUCGGCUCUUCUGCCAUGGCCUACAAGAGAAACCCAAUGAGAUGCGAGAGAGUCUGCUCCUUGGCCAGACACUUGGGUGGCUUAUUCAACGAUGCUGUCCAGACCGCCUCCGUCCAGUGGUUCGAGAGAACCUUGGACGAUUCCGCCAUCAGAAGAGUCACCUUGCCCUCCGCCUUCUUGACUGCCGAUAUUGUUUUGUCCACCAUGUUGAACAUCACUUCCGGUUUAGUUGUCUAUCCUAAGGUCAUUGAGAGAAGAAUCAUGGCCGAAUUGCCGUUCAUGGCCACCGAAAACAUCAUCAUGGCCAUGGUCUCCAAGGGUGAGUCCAGACAGGUGUGUCAUGAGGAGAUCAGAGUCUUGUCCCACCAGGCCUCCGACGUCGUCAAACAGCAGGGUGGUGACAACGACUUGAUCGAGAGAAUCAAGAAGACUCCAUACUUCAAGCCGGUCCACGACGAGUUGGACUCCUUGUUGGAUCCAUCCACCUUUGUCGGCAGAGCGCCACAGCAGGUCGAGAAGUUCGUCGCCAAUGACGUUGCCAAGGCCUUGGCGCCGUUUGCCCACUACAUCAACAAGGACGAAGUCAAGUUGAGUGUCUAG